AUGAAGAAGAUGACGUUUUCCAACUCCUUCCACGUGGCUCCCAACAGGAUCGACUUCAGCACAGUGUUCUUGAAGUUCUCUCCCCUUAACCAGGCCGCCGUCAUGGCCACGCUCAUCAUGAUUCUGCUCAUGUACGCGCUUGUCAUCGUCUGGACCCGGCGCCAGGACAGACUGGAUGUGCUGAAGUGGGGCGUGACGCCAUUAGCCGACAACUUCUCUUUGGACGACUACUUUUACGUCAUCAAGGUGAUCACCGGGAUCCGCCCAGGGGCCGGCACGAGAUCUCGCGUGUGUUUCGUUAUCUCCAGCGCGGUUAUGGACACACAGGUCCGGGAGCUCUCCGAUGGCGUAAGAAAGGAAUUUGCGAACGGCAGCGUCUUGAACUUCCUGUUGUCGACGACGAUGUGCCUGGGAGACCUGGAGUACAUCCUAAUCUGGCACGACAACUCGGGCGGCGGCAAGCACUCUGGCUGGUACUUGAGUCGCAUAGAGGUGCAGGACGUGCAGAGAAACGAAACAUUCAUAUUCCAGGCGGAGCGCUGGAUGGCGCUCGAGAAAGACGACGGCUUGCUACAGUGCGUAAUUCCGGUGUGUAAGACGGAGAAUAUUAACCAGUUCAACCAACGCUUUAUCAGGAACGCCAAGGAGAUGCUUGCCGACAGUUUCGUUGCAUUAAACCGUACACGAAUAUAUGACAAUCUAUUUGUUUGUAUCUCUCCGUAA